AUGGAUUUUAAUGAAUUCAAUUAUUUGCAAAAUAGAGAACUCGGAUUCAGUCAAAAUGCUUACGGUAAAGUAUAUUUUCAAAUACAAUAUAACACAAAUAGUAAUAUUUAUAUCAUAGUUUGAAUGAAAAUAUUAAAUUUUAAGUCCAGUUUUUGAAUUUAAAGCGGUACCUGACGAUAAAAUCAGGAUUGUUCUGAUAUCUACAAAUUAUAUCUAUUUUAUACAUUUAUUAGAAACGUAAAUAGAUUUUAUCUACUAUGAUAAUAACUUCGUGACACAGUUGUUCGAUUCAAUAGUUUAAAUACUCAAAGAUCAAAGAAUAUCGAAUACAAUGUGUCCAAUAUUUCCCUUUUUUCNGUUGUGUUUUUAAUGCAUAUGUUCAACACUUUUUAAUACAUUAUAUUCACAGCCCUGCUCAUUACAUCGAAAUAAAACAUGUGAUAAUUAUCCUAAUGCACUUGAUUCCAUUUUUAAAAUAUCCUAUAUGAUAUUUGUUAGCAAUAAUCCUUUAAAGACGGAAUAUUUUUAGUUUGUGGUAAAGUUAGUGCUUAUGAACACUGUACAGGACAUUGUAAGAAUAUCUUAAUGAACUAAUUUUAUGUACUCUAACAAAUUGUAUUUAUUAUUUUAUUAAUUAGGAUUUAGACAAAAGAUAACUGAAAAUUUGAUUGGUAAAAUGGGAUCUACAACCUUCAAUAUGAGCACUGAAAAAAUGCAUGUUGGUCGUGGAUCUAUCAUGUCUGGCAAAUUCAGUAAAAUGAAAAACAAUUCACACAUAUUUACUUGUACAACAUCAGAAGGAAAAAUAAUUAUUCUAAAUACAAAUGAGAAUAUAAAAAAUAACACUGAUAUAGACAAUUCUAAAUCAAGUAAAACUAAACCCUAUAGUCUUUAUACUUGUUAUUGUUUUACAAUUAUUUGAAAUUUAUUUUAAUUUUUUUUUUUUUUUAUUUUCAAGUUUUCAAGAAUCACCGUAAUAUCAUUUUUGAUCAUGCAUGGGCUGAUUCAAGCAUGAAGUUUGUUACUGCGAGUGGUGAUCAAACUUCCAAAAUAUUUCAAUUAUUGCCAUCUGGCAAUAUUGAACUACAAAAUAUAUUUAACUUUGAAGCUCCAGUCAAUAGUGUUAAGUUUUGUCCAGGAUCAUCUGGUAGAUUAUUGCUAGUUAUGCCAUUAUGA